CCGGCUUUGAUCGGGAGAGUACGCCUCGCGUCCCACGGGAGCAAACAAAUGAAUAUGUGAUACACGUAACUUGACAAACUUUUGUAUGGUAUGCAAUGUGAACUGAACUACAUUGAAGAAUCGUCAAAUCUGAUAAAAGAUGAAAGCGUGGACGGCGCACGAGCACGACACGACGCUGUCUUGUUGUCGGACCCUGCACGUCAAACAUGCUGCGUACGCCAGCGCCCUCUAUACGUUGAAUAUAUCAAUACUAGUGGUGCUGUUAUAUAGUUGGAGAAUCGGAGUCAAUGCCAAGAGAUACAAAGAGCUGGACGAUGUAUAUUAUGGUGUACAGAUAGCAUAUUUUGCAAUAAUAGGGACGCAGAUGUUCAUGAUCGUCCUCAGUAUAUUCUUAUUCUAUGGAAUUUAUAAAGAAAAUAUCGCAUUCCUAGUGCCUUGGGUGGUAGGGUGCAUGACUUUCAUGGCCCUCGAGGCUAUGGCCAUGGUAUACUCCAACAUACUUAGAGAUCACAUUAAUAAGCAAUUCGACGCCAUGUGUAAGGCGGAGAUAUCUUUUUUAAUACCAAGGAUAUUUUUGAAUUGUUUAUGCAUAUGGUGCGUGCUGCGCCUCUACCACCUCCUCCGCGCCGGAGUGACGUGGAAAGGCGCGGCGGCCAUCGAGCUGUGACUAAUGCCACCCGCCCAGCUGCCAAACUCCAGAGAAGAUUCCAGAAACGCGCCCUGCGAGUCCUCCUUGUUGCUAGGCAACGCGGAGAGCGACACUGACGCGAGUCUGCACUCCCUCUGACGUCACACGAAGUAUUUAUGUGUCAUGUUGCUUGCCUCGAGAGUUUACUUGCAAGUACAAAAUGGACUUGUCCGGUUGCAUUCGUUUAUGUUGCAGUGUUUAGAAUGGUUCUUACAGAGCACCUCUUCCCUGAAAACUGAUCAUAAAAGUGAAGUCACAUAUGGCUGUGCUGCGCGCACCGCAGGCGCUUAUCAAAUUAUAUUGUAUGGUUCUAUGUAUCCCUGCGCACACGCCCGCGCCUCCGUCGCCACAGGACCGGAUCAAAUGCGACCAGUGCGGCGA